CCUAAAUUAUCCUUUCAAAAGAAAGAAUUAAUGAAAGGGUAUAUGUAUUCUAUUUUUCCCCUGAACCUGAACGACAUGAACGGAGCACAAAGAAAAGAGGAAGAGAAAGUGAGACAGAAUGCCGAACAGAGCUUGGGAGAGAGAUGAUUUGUGUAAUGGGUAAUGCAAUUUUUAAAGUCUUUAAACUCAAGAGCGAGGGAAAACGACUUAUUCUGGGAAGAUCAUCAGCUUGACUCUCUAAUCCCUAAAGAGGAAGAGACCCAUGUCUGUUUCAGCGAUUUGAGCUCGAAUGGUGCUUCAUUGAUGGCUCGGAAAGAAUCUAUGGACUGGAUUUUGACUGUUAAGGCGCACUAUAGGUUUUCUGCUGUGGCCGUUGUUCUUGCCAUGAACAUCUCCCGUAGAAGCAUUCUUCGUCUUCUUCUUCUUCUUCGAGCUUCGGCCUUUUCUGUAAUUCUUCCAACACAAAGAAGCAUUUCGGGGGAGAACUUGGAAAAUGAACCACGCAUUAUGGAGCUCAUAAAUCAGUGUAGAAUUAUUAGAACAACAGAGUUGGCUGCUACAUAGGAGAAGCUACAUGAGCUUGAGAGACAAAAGGAAGAAAUGUUGAGGUUCGGUUCCCCUGCUUCCCUUCUCCAAAGGCUUCAAGAUGCAAUGAACAAAACCGAUGAGGAAUCUGAAAAUCUGCACAAGCAGCUUCUUGAUAGGGAGAUCGAGCUUGGUCCUUUUAUGCAGAUAUACAAGAAGCUUCGCACCACUAAGCGAGCACUCAUUCAUCUUGCAGCUAAAACAAAUUCACUUAGUUGAAUUGAUAUUAUAGAAAGAUAUAUACUUGGAACACACUGAAAUCUUACUUGCAGUUUCAAUGCAUUGGCUAGAUAAACAUGAUUGUCUGUGUAUUAUUUGGUUAAAUAUUUUCUCUUUGCUAGUAUAUCAGUUUUGACAGCACUUGUUCAUGUACGUUCAACAUUCAUCGUGGUAUAGUAUUGUAAAGUUACAAUUUUA